CCUCGAUAUUUAUCUUAGCAUCCAUACUGUCGGACGCGUUAUAUAAGGAAGGCACUUGCUGUGGCGUCACCACAAGCUAAUAGCAUCGUCCUGUUCACGAAGAAUGACAGUAAAUGACCUCCUCAAAACGGACAACAACUGCAAGGAAUGCUUCCUAAUUCAUUCCCCAGACGGAUACAAAUACAGAAUGUUUGUUGUCGUCAUUAUGACGAGGUCCGUGGUUUAACUGAAUUAGCCGCAGCGCGUUAGCUUGUGGAGGAGCGCACUAACCGACCUGACAGGUUCCUGCGAAAAUGCAUCAUAAUGAUAGCUGCACGCCCAUGAAUCACAACAGGGAGCCAAAAUGGUAUCACACGUCAUCACCUAAGUGAAUGAACCUCAGCUACAGAACUGCUACCAUUUUCAUCUGGAAUCGAAGAGGCGACGCUCCGAUGUGACCGGAAGCAUGACUAUCUUGUCACUUCAAUGAAAAUAAAGGACUGCGUGACACCAGGAAUCAAGAAGAAUAGCCAUGUUCAACCCCGCUCCUGAAAUAGUGGCAGGACAUCCUGGUGGACCCGUGGUGGAUAAAGAUGUCACUUCAGAGACAACAUUGGGGAGCGCCUACUCCCCAGUGGACUACAUGAGCAUCACAAGCUUUCCCAGGCUGCCAGAGGAUGAGAUGGUCUCCGGGGAGAACACCGUAAAAUGUCGCAAAGAUGAAGACAACAUCUUGGGCGAGCAAGAGACGGACCCAGAUGUGUUUUUGAAGUCCGCUCGUCUGCAGCGUCUACCAUCCUCAGCCUCUGACCUGGCCUACCAUGAUGGCGUAUCCCUGAGGGAGACCACCAGAGAUCCUUUUACGCAAGAGUGUGCCUGCCAGCGGGAUGGACUGACCGUCAUUAUCACUGCUUGUCUCACCUUCGCCACGGGUGUCACUGUGGCGCUCAUCAUGCAGAUCUACUUCGGAGACCCCCAGGUCUUUCACCAGGGAGCUGUGGUGACAGAUGUGGCUCGGUGUACAUCUCUUGGAUUUGAAGUUUUAGGAAAGCAAGGCUCCAGUGUCGAUGCUGCAAUUACUGCUGCCCUCUGUUUGGGAAUUGUCCAUCCUCACACCUCUGGUUUAGGAGGUGGGGGAGUUAUGUUGGUGCAUGACAUCCGGAAGAAUGAGACAAGGGUCAUUGACUUCCGAGAGACGGCGCCAUCUGCCAUUCGGGAAGAGCUGCUACAGACAAACCUUGAGCUGAAUCCGGGUUUGCUUGUUGGAGUACCAGGUAUACUCAGCGGGAUGCAUCAGGCACACCAGCUUUAUGGAAGAAUGGCGUGGAAAGAUGUGGUUACCAUGGCAGCAGAUGUGGCCAGAAAUGGAUUUAAUGUCACACAUGACUUAGCUGAAGCGCUAGCUAAUAUUAAAGACCGGAAUAUUUCGGCGGCAUUUCGGGAUCUCUUCCUCCCCAAUGGCCAGGCUCCACUCUCUGGGUUGUUGAGCAGGCGCCUUGAUUUAGCAAGCAUCUUGGAUGCUGUUGCGGUUAAAGGGAUAUCAGAGUUCUACAGUGGAAACCUGUCUCGUGAAAUGGUUGCUGUGGUUCAAGCCAGUGGUGGAGUGCUCACCGAAGAUGACUUUGCCAACUACAGUACUGUCCUACAGCAACCGAACCAAAUCAACUAUCAGGGACACCAUGUUAUGGUGGCUCCAGCACCUCAUGCAGGUAUCGGCCUGAUCACUGCCCUCAACAUCCUGGAAGGUUACAACAUUACCAACCAAGUGCCCAUCAACAGCACUUACCACAGGACUGCAGAGUCUUUGAAGAUAGCUCUGGCCCUGGCGAGUGGCCUGGGAGACCCCAUGUUUGACAAUUCAGUUUCCGAAACAGUCACCAAGAUGUUGAGCAAACCAAAUGCGUCUUUGCUUCGCCAAAUGAUCAACGACUCUCAGGCGUUUCCUGCCAGCCAUUACGUGCCAUCAUUUAGUUUGGAGGAGGAUGCAGUAGCUGCUCAAGUCAUGGUCAUGGGACCAGAUGACCACAUUGUCUCCAUAGUAAGCUCCCUAAAUAAACCAUUUGGCAGUGGGAUAGUGACCCCUUCCGGAAUCCUUUUGAACAGCCAAGUAAUGGCCUUCUCUUGGCCUAAUAAAACAGAAAGCCCCACACCUAACCCUCGUAACAGCCUCCAGCCUGGGAAGAGGCCAUUGUCCUUCUUAAUGCCCACAGCUGUGAGACCAGCCAUUGGGUUGUGCGGGACAUACAUGGCUGUUGGAUCCUCCAAUGGAGCGAAAGCGCUUAGUGGCAUCACACAGGUGCUGCUGAAUGUUCUGUCCUCACGUAAAAACCUGAAUGACAGUUUAGCACAUGGUAGGCUCCACCCACAGCUGGACCCAGACACCCUCCUGGUUGACUCUGAAUUUCUAGAUGAAGAUGUUGAGCUGCUGCAAGCCAAAGGUCACAAAGUUGAGAGGAUGGAAGUUUUGUCACUGGUGGAAGGAACCCAGAGAACUAAUGACCUUAUCAUUGGCGUGACUGAUCCCCGUAGUGCUGAUGCCUCAGCCCUGACUAUGUCCAAGACUUAGUAGUCUUAAGAUUUGUAUUUAUUUAUCAUAGUCUCUAAGCUGUUGGGGUGAUCGGUUCUUCACUACACAAUGCCAUUAAUCAUGGGCCGCUGAACAGAUACAAGAAUGCAUACUGUAGCUACCAAAUGCAUCGGAAAUAUUGAAGUAAAUACUAGUACAAAAAUAUUAUUGCAAGACUUGUUUUGGCUCCCAUCUCCAAAAGAUCUAAAAUUGUGCUAUUUGGGAUAGCAAGGUGCCUUACACGGGCCACAAUAAAAGGCCAGGAUGACCUUGAACAGAUUUCUGCUCCUGAAAAAUGGGAGCAGAAGUAUUGCGUUUCUAUUUUUGUUAUCCAGCAUUCAUGCUGUACAGUGCUUUGGCUGCAUAUUCGCAUUUAAAUCAGCUGUUAAUAUUCAAGCAGGUGCUUUGCUAUUGUGGCACCCGUGAUUUAAGUAGUUAGAUGACGAUUGGCUCGCUUACAAAAGCAAGGGUUAACUGUGGAAAAAUCACACAAAUGACUGCAGAGGUGUGGAUAAUGAUGACUGAUGGUCAACUGUGUGUACUGUAUGUAGUUAUACAGUGUAAUUGAAGAAAUGUACUUGUGUUUACAGUUGAUGCCAGGGGUGUUUUAAAACUGGGAUUACAGAAUUGUUUGAUGAAUUUACUGUAAUAUGUCUAUUUUUAUACUAACUAUAUCAUAGGCUAUCGUCUUUUGUUGUUUGUUUUUUUUUUUUUUUUUUUAAAGGUUUUGUCGAUUCCUUCUCUGACAUGUUGAUUUAUGCGAGUGUAAAAGUGAAGUUAUAAUUAUUCUUGGAAGAACUUCCUCCAGUGGUUGGCGCCAUGACAUUUGGUGCUCGCUUAAAAUGCCAUGCACACUUUUGCACAAUACCUGAUGUUUGAUUUAAUGUGAUAGUCACUGUUAUUGAAAUAAACAUAAUCCAACCUUCCACGGCCAA